AUGGGGUACAAAGUUGUCUUCACAGAUCACUCACUUUAUGGUUUUGCUGAUGCUGGAAGCAUUCACAUGAAUAAGGUGCUGCAGUUUACUCUUGCAGAUAUUGAUCAGGCAAUAUGUGUCUCUCAUACAAGCAAAGAGAACACCGUCUUGAGUAGAUUAGUAUACCGAAAAGGUGCCGACCUUCUUGUUGAAGUCAUUCCAGAAGUAUGCCGUCUAUUUCCAAAUGUUCGCUUUAUUGUUGGCGGUGAUGGUCCAAAACAUGUGCGUCUUGAAGAAAUGAGGGAGAAGUUCUCCCUUCAGGAUAGAGUUGAGAUGCUAGGAGCUGUACCUCAUGCUCAAGUGCGAUUGGUUCUGAUGUCUGGGCACAUAUUUUUGAACAGUUCACUUACAGAGGCAUUUUGCAUAGCCAUUCUAGAAGCAGCAAGCUGUGGACUGUUGACAGUGAGCACUAGAGUUGGCGGUGUCCCUGAGGUUCUUCCAGAUGACAUGAUAGUGCUUGCAGAACCAGCUCCUGGAGAUAUGGUAACAGCUGUUAAGAAAGCCAUUGACAUGCUACCUGGCAUAGACCCCCAAAUUAUGCAUCUUCGGAUAUCUUACCUGCGGAUCUUGGGCUGGAAAACUGUUUUGCCUAGUUAUGAUUAUCAACUACCUACUAUGGCGCCUUCUAGAAAUCCUACAGUGAGUUGA